AUGUCCCUCUCGAGAUCACCCUCCCCCCGCCGUGGAGGAGGAUGGUCCAGUCCCGGUCUGACCAUUGCAACAGGCAGCUCUAGAGGCUCCAGCCCGCCCAGGGGUUACCAUGACACCGCAAACAGCAGUACAAGCAGUGGGAGCGGAGCCUUCCACCCAAACAGUUCACCAAUCGCCGGUGCUGGCCCCGGCAAUGGUGCCGUCACCUGGGCUUCCGCAAAGGCAAAGAGUGACCGCAUAGCCGCCUACCCUUCCUUUUCCACCCGGAACAAUGGCUUCUUCUCCAGACAGCGGCGAAAAAUCUCCGCGAGCCUGCCGCGGUUCCGUGUCAAUUCCAUGCUUGAUUACGGCGAGAAGGAAAAGCUGGGCCGUGGGCGAUGGUUGGCGUGCGGCCCCGGCGACCUGCCGUUGCGCGUCCGCCUCAAAACUCUCCUGGGCAGCUUGUUUCGCCGGAAGAGGUUCAGAUUCAUGCUCCUGUUGCUGUUCUUGUUCUUCUUCUGGCUGUUCUUUUCAACUCUCCUACCGCGCAUCGUCGAUGGGUGGGGCGCUGGGGCUACGAGCUCGAAAUCGUCAACAUGGUUACGCAGAAGCGAUAUGCACAUGAAUGGAGGGAAGGGUGGGAGAAAGUCGACGCCCUCCGCCAGGCUUUUCGACGAUAUCCUAAUGCAGAAUGGUUCUGGUGGCUGGACCUUCACACCUACAUCAUGGAACCCACCUACUCCUCUCCAAUCGCACGUCCUCAACCACCUCGACACCAACGCUUACCGCGACAUCAAUUUCUUCAACCCGCUCAAUAUCUCCCACCCCCUGAACGCGUCAUACCUGGAUCCAUUCUCCCGCUCCAUGACCGGCGACAACAAAACCUCCUCCAUAAACCUGAUCCUCACGCAGGACUGCUCUGGCUUCAGCCUGGGCUCCUUCGUCGUCCGGCGCAGCCCCUGGACCGAGCGCCUGCUCGACAUAUGGUGGGAUCCCGCCCUCUACGAACAGAAGCACCUGGCCUGGACUCAUAAGGAGCAGGAUAGCCUGCAACAUGUCUACAUCAACCAUCCGUGGGUGCGUCCGCACGUCGCCUUCAUGCCGCAGCGGCGCAUGAACUCGUUCCCGCCGGGCGCGUGCGGCAAUGGCACGGACCGGCGCAUCCACUACCAGCGCAAUGACCGAGAUUUCAUCGUCAACAUGGCCGGCUGCGAGUGGGGAAGGGACUGCUGGGGGGAGAUGUGGUAUUAUCGCCAGCUGGGUUACUUCCUCAACCGGUCCUGGUGGGAGCGCUUUAAGGAGGGGCUGGCGGAUAUAUUUUUCAAAAUGAUUGGUAGGCCGCUAAAGAGGCAGUUUUGA